AUGGCUGAACAUCACCGAGAACAACGCGAGCACCACCACAGGGUCACCUUCGCCCCGACCGGUCCGUCCAGCAGCAACAACUACAACACCGACAGCUACGGCUUCCCGCCCGAGUCCUUCGGCAGCGAGGACCUCCCCGACUUCGACACGCAGUUCCUCAGCGAUGCCGACCUGGAGGCCUUCGUACAGGCGCUGCACGCACCCGACCCCUUGCAGUCUCCCGCCGACGAGACGACCUCCCUGCGGUCCCCCGGGCUGAGGAGCAACUCGUCGCUCGACAUCUCGAAGCGCGGGAGCAUCUACGAGGAUGAGAAGGAUAAGGAUGACCCGCAGGCCGUGGCGGCCGCGGCCGCGGCCGCCGCGGGAGAUGUGGCCGCGCCCGUGUCGAACGGCAACGGACACGCGAGCCAGCCUAAUAUGUUCAUCACCGCGCAGAACGACUGGGCGCCGGUGAACCAGAAGAUUCCGAAGCGGGGGUCGAAGAGGAGGAGGAACCGGGCCAAGGGCGCCGCGGAGGCCCUCCUCGGCACGAGGACGAAGGACGAGACGAGGGAGGGGAUAUUCUACAUCCUCCUGAAGUGGCCGAUGCUCUUCUUCGUCGGCGCCUGGCUUGCCGGCCUGGCGCUGACGUACCUCUACACGAGGUUGUACAUCUGGGUCUACGAGCACUUCGUCACCUGGCGGGGCACGAGAGAGAGGCUGAGGAGGAGCAUGCGGCGGACGAACAACUACCGCGACUGGGUCGUCGCGGCCAAGGAGCUGGACAGCUAUCUGGACCGACAGCGGUGGAAGGAGGAGAACGACUUCGCGUACUACGAUGCCAAGACGGUGAAGAGGGUUUGGGAGCAGAUGAGGAAGUGUCGGCAGAGGGCCGAGGCUCAGGAGAACGGGGAGGGAGACGAGAAGGGUGCUAAGGCUGUCGAGGAGCUCCAUGCCCUCUUGUCGGCUUGUGUGAAGAGCAACUUUGUGGGAGUCGAGAACCCAAGAUUGUACAGCCAGACAUAUUACGGGACCAAGAACCUGGUGCAGAACUUUGUCGAUGAGGUUGAGAGAAGCAUCAAGUUCAUCCUGAGCACGAAGCAACUCACCAUCGAGGAGAAAAGGGGUAUCUUUAAGGGGAUGCAUGCCAACUACGGUCGGACAGCCCUUUGUCUGUCCGGCGGUGCGGCGUUUGCGUAUUACCACUUUGGCGUCAUCAAGGCCCUCCUCGAAGCGGACCUCCUCCCGGACGUCAUCACCGGAACGAGUGGCGGCGCUCUCGUCGCCGCGCUCGUGGCCACCCGCACCAACGACGAGCUCAAGAAGCUACUCGUACCGGCGCUUGCUGGUAAAAUCACGGCUUGUCGCGAGAGCUUCAUGACUUGGAUCCCUCGGUGGUGGAAGACGGGAGCGAGGUUCGACUCUGUUGACUGGGCGAGGCAGUGCAGCUGGUGGACUCGCGGCUCGAUGACGUUCCGCGAGGCGUACGAGAGGACUGGGAGGAUUCUAAACGUCUCUUGCGUGCCUGCUGACCCGCACUCGCCGACCAUUUUGUGCAACUACCUGACUUCCCCCGACUGCGUCAUCUGGUCUGCCGUCCUCGCGUCGGCUGCCGUACCGGGUAUCCUGAAUCCCGUGGUGCUGAUGAUGAAGCAGCGCGACGGGACGCUGGUGCCGUAUUCGUUCGGACACAAGUGGAAGGACGGCAGCCUACGGACGGACAUCCCCAUCAAGGCGCUCAACCUCCACUUCAACGUCAACUUCACCAUCGUGAGCCAGGUCAACCCGCACAUCAACCUCUUCUUCUUCUCGUCGCGCGGCAGCGUGGGCCACCCGGUCACGCACCGCAAGGGCAAGGGCUGGCGCGGCGGCUACGUCAUGUCGGCGGUCGAGCACUACCUCAAGCUCGACAUGACCAAGUGGCUCAAGUUCAUCCGGCACGCCGAGCUCCUCCCGCGCCCGCUGGGCCAGGACUGGAGCCAGCUGUUCCUGCAGCAGUUCUCGGGCACCAUCACCGUGUGGCCCAAGACCGUGCCGUCCGACUUCUACCACAUCCUCUCGGACCCGGACCCGCCGCGGCUCGCGCGCAUGAUCCACGAGGGCCAGCAGCGCGGGUUCCCGAUCCUCAAGUUCGUGAGUAAUCGGUUGAAGGUGGAGCGGGUCAUCGAGCAGGGCAGGAGGGAGACGAGGCCGUGGAUCCGGAGGGGCAGCAUCGAGACGAUUCUCAGCGAGGACGAUCUGCGGAGUCUGUUGAUUACGGGCGGCGGGACGGAUGACGGGGAGGAUACGACGGACGCGGAGGGGGAGACGUUGUUGGAGAAUGAGGAGGCUGUUGUUGACGGGGACGAGGAGGAGGAGGAGGAGGAGGAGGAGGUGGUGUUUGAGAAGGAUAGAUUGUUGAAUUAG